GGCACCUAAAGCAGAGGGUGCAGGGGCCGGUCCGUAUCACCUCACCCAGUUAGUCUCAGAAGACUGAGGAGAGAGAGAGAUCUUAAAGAGGGACUGUCUGUAGUCUUGUAGGCUGUUGUGACUGUCUGAGAGAGCUUCCUACUCAAGGCUGGUUGAUCUGGUUUGCAAAGAAGCUUGUUGGGCUGACCAACAGAGGGCAGUGUGAGAUUUGAACAAUCCUACAUUCCUCCGGUCUCCUCAGGUCCUCGCUGUUUGUCUGCAGUCAGAAUCACCCCUCUGACAAGCAUGAAAGGCUCUCCUGACCUAAUUCCGGCUGCAGAGCUGGACCCUACAAGGGUGUGUAAAGGGAAGGGGGUCGUGACUCUGAGGGCCACUCUGGUACACAUAGACGACGAGGACUGCGUCAGUAAAGAAUCCAACGUCGAAACAGCACCAGGUAGUUGGAUCGGCCAGAUCAAUGGAGACAGCUCUCUAACAGGAUUGGCUGAGGGAUGCUUCCACGACAUCACAGCUGAUUUACCUACAAUCAACAGAACUCAACCCCAGGGAAGUUCUCCUGUGAGCACCGAAGAACACCAGUUUCUUGCCUUUGACAUUCAGAGCCAUAUUACAUCGACAAAGGCUCCCUCUGCCUACCCGUCCACCACCAAAACUGUCAACCCAACCAUAGUUCUGCUACAACACAACAGAGACCCCACCCCAGAGAGGGACAAAUUGUCUGAUCCAGGACCUGUAGUUGGGGCAGAGAGAGAACAGAGCCAACACCCAGAUAUGGACGGCAAGAGGAUGAGGUUCUCACAAUCCCCUGUCUUGGGCCCACUGAACCAGCCCAACCUGCCAGUACGGAACACAGAGAAGUCCAAGGACUGGUACAAGAACAUGUUCAAACAAAUACACAGAAUUCCAGAACCUGUUGAGGAAAACCCAUACCGCCCCACCUACAUAUUCCCUGAAUUCUAUGAUCCUAGACAGAUGAAAACCACAGAUGAUGGUCCCUCCCCCUACGGUUGUGUGGAAGAUGUGAAAGGGGUCCCACGGUCAAAAAGUGCAGCUGAAGUUGACCAUAGGUCGUCUAUGCCUGUGCCAACCCGGUCCUCUUCCCUCUUCCCUUCCAAAAGGAACGAGUGGGAGCCCCCUGACAAAAAGGUAGACACCAGGAAGUACCGUGCCGAGCCCAAAAGCAUCUUCGAGUACGAGCCGGGAAAAUCAUCGGUGCUGAAACUGGAGAGAAAGACUCAGGACAUAAGUCCAGAAGAUGUACAUUUAGAGAAUGAGCCUUGGUAUAGAUUCUUUUCAGAGAUGGAUUUUGAUAAAGCGAGUGCCCCCUCUUUUAGCCCCCUGGAAACACCCGCCGAACUACAGCAGUACUCCGGGUGUAAGGCCGGACACAGCGAGGUGGAGAAGGACGAAGGAUCAUCCAGCAGCGAACCAGCGGCUCCAGAAUGUGACCGCCAUGUUUACAAGAGUGUCCUGGAGGGCGGCGACAUUCCCCUGCAAGGUCUGCGGGCCAUCAACAAGCGCCAUGCCAGCACCUCCUCCAAAGAUUCAGACUCCUUGACCCAAGGAGACCUUGGUGACGGCCUGGAUGAGGUAGUCAGGAGACGCCAUGGAGAUAAAGAGAAAAUUUUGGAAGAGCAACGGCGGCUGAAGAGGGAGCAGGAGGAGGCCGACACGGCAUCGAGGCGACACACGGGAAUUGUUCCCACCCACCAUCAGUUCAUCACUAACGAACGUUUCGGAGACCUGCUCAACAUCAACAUCAAUGACGCAGACAAGAGGAAAUCCGGAUCAGAGAGAACUCCAGCCCUGGCUCGGUUUGACUUCAGAGCGGAGACUCUAAAGGAGUUGCCAUUUCAAAAGGGAGACAUUGUGUACAUCAUUCGACAGGUGGAUAAUAAUUGGUUUGAAGGGGAGCAUCACGGCAGAGUCGGCAUCUUCCCACGGAGUUAUGUUGAGCUCCUUCCCCCCACGGAGAAGGCCCAGCCAAAGAAGAGUGCACCAGUGCAGGUGCUGGAGUAUGGAGAGGCCAUUGCACGCUUCAACUUUACAGGGGACACGGUGGUGGAGAUGUCUUUCAGAAAGGGAGAGAGGAUCAUCCUGAUUCGCAGGGUCGAUGAGAACUGGUACGAGGGCAAAGUCUCUGGCACCAACCGCCAGGGUAUAUUCCCAGUCACCUACAUAGAGGUGCACAAACGACCCAGAGUAAAGAAUGGAUUCGAUUACCCAGACCCCCCCAUUGGCCAAUCACCUCACCGCAGCCUCAAUGCUUCCCCUCAGCUGGUGAAGAAUGACAGCGACUACCAUGGAAGAACCUCCAGAAGCCCUGUCAUGUUGUUUGACAUCCAGGACAACAACAUGAAUGCUAACUCAUUCACGCAACCCCAGUCCCACAGCAGCAGCCCGGAGCCAAGCCGUCUCAGCUGUGGAAUUUUCCAGGCUUUGUACAGUUACGUGCCACAGAAUGAAGAUGAGCUGGAGCUGCAGGAGGGAGAUCUUGUCAGUGUCAUGGAGAAGUGCGAUGAUGGCUGGUUUGUUGGUACCUCGAAGAGGACAAAACAGUUUGGCACGUUUCCAGGAAAUUACGUAAAAGAGGUCAACUUAUAACCUGUCAACAAACAUUUUAUAGUGUGAGGAGAACCUAGCUCUAACCCUUGGUUGCCUGUUGAGUGUUGGGAAAUAAUUACUUUUACUCUUGACUGUUUAAAUUAGGACAGUCAUUUAGUCAAGUGAAGACGUUUGUCUAAUGUAAGUGAUCAGUUUGGUCUGAGGUAUGUUAAUGUGCAUGAGGUGGCAAUAGGAGAAAGCUAGCUGUUGACACUCUGCCCAAUCGUCAGUGUGGUGUACACAUACCUUAACCACGUCCUGCACAGUACAUGGCUGAAUUUAUCAUAUGAUAUUCUGACAAUGGAAUUUUUAGUAAAACAAUUAAAUGUCACACACUGCGGUAUACACUGAGUGUACAAAACAUUUAGGAACACCUUCCUAAUAUUGAGCUGCACCCCCCUUUACCCUCAAAACA